GAAUAAUUCUUUUCAGGCGCAGAAAAACAGUUGAAAUUCAUUUCUUUUCGCGAAAUGGCUUCGCAAAAGCAUUCCAACGAACCUCCGUCGUACGACCAAGUGAUAGCGGAGAAUUAUUCUACACAAUACGUCACAAAUCAUAAUUUCACACAAUCACCGGUACCAUCAGCACCGACCGCAGUCACAGCAGCUACAGCAGCACCAUCGGCGUCCUAUCCAAGACAGGAAUACAUCCAACAGCAACCGAUCGCUACAGCCCACACCUAUGUAGCCCCGGUUGUUGGAACAGUGCCUUGCUACGGGACCAUGGAUGGUAACAAAACAGCAGUGCCAAUUAUUCCGCAAGUUACCAUACAGACUGGAACGGCUCCACGUCCCGAAAUAAUCAACCAUCAGAUUAUUGUCGUGAACGGUUGCCCUGUUUGCCGGAUCGGUAUGCUGGAAGAUGACUACUCCUGUUUGGGAAUAUUUUGCGCCAUUUUCUUCUUUCCACUCGGUAUACUGGCGUGCCUGGCACUGCGUAAUCGUCGCUGUACCAAUUGUGGCGUGCAGUUCUGAAGCGAAUGGUAAGGAAAUUGGAAUCUUUUUGAAUCAUUUAUACCAACAACCAUAUGCAUAUAGCCAAGGAAAUGGUACUACUAAUGGUAUGUGAUAGAUCAUUAGCGAUAGGAUGAUAUAAUCUGGCGUACCAAAUGAUUAUCUUUGAACAUAAUUUACCAUGUUUAUGAGUAUUGAACCGUUAUUCUUGUUAUUGGAAUUUAUUAUUAUUGAAUACCAAAAAUAAACGAUCGGACUACUCUCCCUGUA